UUUUCAGGAUUUUAACUACUUUCAAGGUCACAUAUUAUGCAAACUUUACCAUGUUUGUCUCACACUAAUAUGUGUCCCUGGUCUGUCUACAAACCCCCAAUUAUGAGAAAAGUCCAUCCUCUCCGUCUUGUGCCUGCUCCACUUUUCAGAAAAUGUGUGCUUAAACAGGCCGUUUGGAGAUUUUCCCUUCAUGACAUCACAAAGGGCAGUAGCCCCUCCCCCAGGUGGGUGACACUCCCACAGCUAGGUGUUUGUUCUGGCCUCUGAGUCUGCCUUUACACUGUCAACAACAGGGCAUGGAGCGAGAAAGCCCAGAGCCACCCAAGCCCUUCCAGAGAGGGGGCGUGGUCAGACACAGCUCAUUUACAUAUUUAAAGGUACAGACACAGAAACAGCCUGUUCUGAGCAGGGCUGAAAUAGAGGGGUUUAUAGGCAUGAUCAAAUACAGGAUCAGAGUGGAUUUAGAACAAGAAACUUCACACACAUGUUUUAGGGAGCUCACAGCAGCUUUAAAGCACUUUAGAGUUUUUCAAACAGGAGACAGCUUUUACUUUAUUCAACAGCAAGUUUCAAAUGUCCCAACAGAGAAACUUCACCCUUUUUUUUUUUCUUCACCAGCUUCCUGUCUUUUUCUCUAAUUAUUAAGCUGCAUUAGAACUGCCAAAUUUAUCGUACAAGUGCUGUUAUGACGAUAGAACUUGUAAAUUAAUAAAUCAGAAUUGAAUUCCCCGCAGAGUGUAACCAGGUCAGCACGUCGCUUUGUGUUUCACAUCUCGCCCCAGUCGUUGGAAUCGUUCUUUCUCUGGGCCCAAAUGUAUAAAAGAUGAACUAUAUGCACACAGAUUUGUUUUGUUUUUUGUUCUGUCCUUUUAAUAAUGAAGAGUUAUUUUUGGAGUCGUUGGUAUAAAAGUUUUAACAAACAGAGUAAGAGUUCAUAUUUUUGAUAGGAUGCAGGCUACAUUGAUUUUGCAGAUUGUGUAGCAAGUUCCCUGAGCACCUGAGAUAAAGAAAAAAAACAAAUCUAAUUUAUCAUUUUGACAUGAGGUAGAAGAUAUGUCACCAAAAAAAAUCAAUGCAUAUAGAUACAUUUACAGGUAAAGUUUUCACAAAAAGAAAGAAGCCAGACGUUAAUUUUUCAUGUUCUGCAAAGUUGCUGCAAACAGAAUAAUUAUUCUUUUUAUCAUGAAUGUUUAAACGAUGGAGGCAUCGUAUUUGGGCGGGAAAAGGGCGAUUUUAAAAAAAAGCAGAAAAAGGGCUGCACACCAAAAACGUAAACAGAAGUUGGACAUGCGUUUCCCUUUUUCUUGAUUUUACUGAAGAAGCCCCGUUGUUUGGACUGAUAUUAAAGUUUCAAUAAAACCUCCAUGGGUUGGAUCGGCCCAAAACUUUGUGUUGACAUUAGUGGAUACGACCAAUAUGUUGAUUAUAAAAGGUUAUGUAAAAGUUAUUUUACACACUAUAUUGUUGUGACAAUUUCAGUGUUUAAAUUGGUCUGAAAUUGCAGUUUCACUUAUAAAGACACACUUUGUCAAAACAAAAGUUUUUCUUUUAUGGUAUUGAAAUCUAUAUCAAUCUAUACAACACCUGUAAUGUAUGGAUGCCCCCCAGGUGCAGUUAUAAUCAUUAAGUAAUACGUUAUUAAACAGUUAUAUCUGCUCACAGCUUCAUUAUAGUGUGUUGGAAAUAUUUAUCAGAAUAAUCGACAUUCUCUUGUCCGGUCCAACAGGCGUGUUGGUCGUCGUUUGACCUGCUUUACUUCACAAAGACGUCUGAUUGAAGAGGAAGUCUGAUACCACACGGGGGAGAGUUAACGCAUUUCUCCUCCUACAUGCGGCUCAAACCUGCACGAGCAGUUUUUCUGCAGCUUUCGUUUUCUAACAUAAUUUGAAUUUUGCAGUUUGGAGAAUGAAUGAGACAUGUGUCCAUCUCUAUAUUGUCUGCAGCAGUCGUCAUAUUUGAAGGGAGGCGUGGUGUUUCCUCGUCUACCUGUUUUCCCCUCCACGCCGGUUCAUUCACAUCUCGGCUUCUGUUGGAGCAACACGACACCUCAGACAUGAGCGGACGAGUCGGCGAUUUGAGCCCAAAGCAGGAGGAAAUCCUAGCUGAGUUUCGGGGUAAAAUCCAGGACAUCCUCCCCAACCUGCCUGCACAGCAUGACCACUACCUCCUGCGCUGGCUCCGAGCCCGAAGCUUCAACAUUCACAAAUCUGAAGCCAUGGUCAGGAAGCACGUGGAGUUCAGGAGGAAGAUGAACGUAGACAGCAUCAUAUCCGACUGGAAACCUCCAGAGGUGAUAGAGAAGUAUGUUUCUGGAGGGAUGUGUGGGUACGACAAAGAGGGGAGUCCCAUCUGGUACGAUGUGAUUGGUCCUCUGGAUCCUAAAGGUCUGCUCCUGUCGGCCACCAAACAAGACUUCAUGAAGACGAAGAUCAGACACACGGAGAUAAUGCAGAGGGAGUGUCGGAGGCAGGCAGAGAAGUUGGAGAAGAACAUUGAAGCCAUCACUCUGAUCUACGACUGUGAAGGACUGGGACUCAAACACAUCUGGAAACCUGCUAUCGAGGCUUAUGGAGAGAUCCUCACCAUGUUUGAAGAAAACUACCCAGAGGGGCUGAAAAGAGUGUUUCUUAUCAAAGCUCCUCGGAUGUUUCCAAUGGCCUACAACCUGAUCAAACAUUUCCUGUGCGAGGAAACACGGCGUAAGAUCGUCAUAUUAGGAGGUAACUGGCAAGAAGUGUUACGUAAACAUAUCGACCCAGAGCAGCUUCCUGUCGCGUACGGAGGAACCCUGACGGAUCCUGAUGGAGACCCUCACUGCAAAACCAUGAUCAAAUACGGCGGUACAGUACCCAGGUCGUACUACGUUCAGGACUCGAUAAAAGUUCAGUACGACAACAGCGUGACCAUCAGCCGCGGCUCCAUGUUCCAGCUGGAGUAUGAUGUUAAGACGCCCAGCAGCCUUCUGAGGUGGCAGUUUUCCAGCGACGGGGCAGAUAUCGGGUUCGGAGUCUACAGACGGACCAAAGAGGGCGCCGCUCAGAAGGUGGCCGAGAUGCUGCAGGUGCUGCCGAGCGAGCGCUACAACGCUCACCUGGUCCCUGAAGACGGCGGCCUCAGCUGCCCCGAGUCCGGAGUCUACGUGCUGUGUUUCGAUAACAGCUACAGCAUCCUUCACUCCAAGAGGAUCAGCUACAAAGUCGAGGUUGUUCCUCCUCCGGAUGGACAGAUGUCUGCAGUGAACAAGACCGGAGACAGACGGCUGCAGUGAUAACAUCCUCCUCUGAUAAACACGGAUAUACAGUACCUUAAUAUUUACAGUCUAUGACAUAUACACAUCUUAGAAUACAGGAAUGUACAUCAAACUAUCUCUCCUUCCAUCCCCUCUUACUUUCUCUACUUUUUGUUAAAAGCUGACCUGAAAGCUUUUACAUGUUUCUACUCAGACACUUCUUCACUCUUCUCCCGUCCAUAAUAUUUAAAAAAUUAUAUUUUUUCUUUGAAUUUUCUGACAUAAAUAAUAUUUUGUUUCACUAACAUUUCAAACCAGAAACCACUUGAACUUUUAUAUUAAUUUAUGUAGAAGGUACAACUUCUUAAGCGUAAUUAUGUUUUUGUAAUUAAUUAUAUAAACUUUUAUAUAUGACUGUACUGCAGCAUAUUGACUGAAUUGAAUCGUGUUGGAAAACAAAACGGACGACUGAGGAGACAAAAUGAGUAAAGUUACUCACUCGGAGGUGAUUGAUCCAGCGGAGAUCAUGUUUUUGAUUUUUGUAUAAUUAUGCUCUUCUUCUUAUUUUGGUCUAUAUUAAAUCAGUCUGAAAAAAGAGUACUAUGAUGUGUUACAAUGAAGGUUUUUUUAAAAAAAAUGUAUGUGUUGCCUAAGAACUAAAGAAAUCCUGAGAGGCAAGAGACGAAAAUUAUCUUUUGAUUAGUUUUCUAUGUCUGAUCAGUGUUUUCCUGUUUUACGACUGAAGAACAGAUGAAAACUUAAGUUUUUGACCCAACAAUCGUUCCACGAGGUCUUUCUUAAAAUUUCAUCAGUUUAAAAAAAUGAAAUAAAAAAACUUGCACUUCAAAUAGUUCUUACAGAAUAUAAACACAUUUUUUAAUGUUGUUGUAAUACUCGAUUUGGCCACAAGAGGCUGUAAUGCACCGAUUUGUUUCAUUUCAUUGCUUUAGUGGGCAAGUGCAAAAUCCUGCAGUUCGUUGAGUGUCCACUGGAGGCUGGCUCCAGGAACACAGGAAGUCACAUACACACACCAGGCAAAAAAAGCCAUUUUUACAUCAUAAAUUAACAUGUUUACAGCCUGGUACAAAGAACAAUUUUGUGUUAAUAUUUGCUUAUACACAAUAGAAAAUAUGAACAUGUGUUUACUGACUUUGAAGGAAUUAAAACGCACCUAUUUAGACCUACCUAUGGCGGCUUGGUGCAUCGCGGCCUCUUGUGGUCAAUGUGAGUAUUACAACAACAACAGCCUCAAAAUGUCUCCUGAAGAGGAAUAAUCUGCAGAAACUGUUACUGUCACCUGUUUCAGAGAUGAACCUCAGGAAAUAUGUUUUUUAACUCUGAAAAAUGUGUAUUUCACCUGGUCAAAACUCAAACAUACACAUGAGAGAAUGUAUGUCAAACACCAGACUUUUUGUGUCUCAGAGCUUUAUUUAAAUAGACCCAUGAAAACCAGAAUUUACAAAGUGAUUGUUUAAUUUAUGAAGAACUUUUGUUACGUUUAGUUUGUAUAUUAAUGAGAUUUUCAAUAAAAGCAGAAAUUGUGUAAAAACAGAAA